GACCCUUUUGGACUUUGACAUUUCAAUUUAAAAUUUUAAACAUAAAACAAGUUUCUGACAAAAGUUUCCUCAACUGCUAUAACUAAAACUUUCCCUUUAACUGCAUCACAAAUAUUCAAUUAAAAUGUCUGAGAAAAGUAGCCCUAUAAAAUACUUUUUAAGUGGCGGCUUUGGCGGUGUUUGCACAGUUUUAGCAGGACAUCCAAUGGAUACUAUUAAAGUAAGAUUACAAACUAUGCCUCUGCCGCAACCAGGCCAGACGGCCUUGUACGCUGGCACCAUCGAUUGUUUCCAAAAAACUGUUCAGAGAGAGGGAUUCAAAGGUCUUUACAAGGGUAUGUCAGCACCAUUAACUGGAGUGGCACCUAUUUUUGCUAUCAGUUUUUUUGGUUUUGGACUAGGGAAAAAGUUGAUAAAGUCGGAUGAAGAGCAAAUACUUACUAGGACAGAGCUGUUUGCGGCUGGUGCUUUUUCAGGUAUAUUUACAACAUCUAUCAUGGCUCCAGGUGAGAGAAUUAAAUGCUUACUUCAAAUUCAACAAGGUGGCAGUGGACCACAAAAGUACAGUGGUAUGCUGGACUGUGCCAGGCAGUUAUAUGCAGAGGGUGGGAUCCGAAGUAUUUAUAAGGGUAGUGUUGCCACCAUUUUGAGAGAUGUGCCUGCAAGUGGAAUGUAUUUUAUGACCUAUGAAUGGGUUAAAGAGGUUUUAGUACCUGAGGAUGCUAGUGCUAAAUUAAAAAUGUUGGCAACAGUUGUUGCUGGGGGUUGUGCUGGUAUAGCUAACUGGCUGGUAGGCAUGCCAGCUGAUGUUUUGAAGAGCAGAUUACAGACUGCUCCAGAGGGAACUUACCCUAAUGGUAUGCGAGAUGUGUUUAAACAGUUAAUGGAAAAAGAAGGUCCUACAGCUUUAUAUAAAGGGGUAGCUCCAGUAAUGAUCAGAGCUUUCCCAGCUAAUGCUGCUUGCUUUGUUGGAUUUGAAUUGGCUGUCAAAUUCCUUGACUGGGUAGCCCCCAAUCUUUGAUUACUACUUCUAGUCUAGUAACAAAUUUGUAUGAUAGUAGAUAAGAUAAAAUGAAUGUUACUUUUAUGAUAAACUUCUAAUGCAGAUUUCCGUGCAUUUUUGAAUUCUUUUAGUAUAACAAUUUAUUUAUAUAAUGCUCAAUAAAAAAACCUUUUAUU